AUGGCUGCCAAAGGAUUAAUAACUAGUGGAGUGAGACGACGAAUUGGGAAUGGAAAUUCAACAUUAAUAUGGGAGCACCCUUGGCUGCAUGCUAAUUUAGAUCCAAUGAUUCAAACAGAAAUACCACCUCAGUUAGCAGGGGAAAAAGUUGUGGGCUUAAUUGAUCAAACAACUGGUACAUGGGAUCCUCAUAUUUUAUUAGAUAUUUUCCACCCGGAUGACAUACCUAAAAUACUAAAGAUCCCGGUCUCACUAGAGUACGAGGAUAUAUGGUAUUGGUAUAGUGACCCGAAUGGAUGCUAUACUGUCAAGAAUGGAUACAGACGUGCUGUGGGCACUUAUGAGAACACCUAUGGGUUUGAUAAGUGGAACACCUUAUGGAAGCUUAAAAUUCCUCCAAAAUGGAAGACCUUUUUAUGGAGAACUAUAAGUGAUAUCCUCCCUACCACUACCAACUUACUUAUAAAGAGGGUAGAUGUUAGCCCAAUAUGUGCCAUGUGUGGACUUAUGGAUGAGAAUACUAUGCACUCAUUGGUUUUAUGUGAUUAUGCAAGAGCCAUAUGGGACCAAUCUAGCCUUCCACUCCCCCACUUUGUGACAAAUAUUUUCCAAGAUUGGUUUAGAACAAUCCUAAAAGUUCUAGAUACUAAUGGGAUAUUAUUUGCAGCUUCUUUUUCAAGCAGAUUGGAUUCGUAUGAUCUCUUUCUUUCGAGGAUUGGGAGUACUUCAUCUGCUUCAUUCUUCAUCCUUUUAUAG